GACGAAGAAGAAAAAACCCGGAAGUGUGUUUGUAAACAUGGCGGCGUCCGUGUCAGUCUCAGGUGUCGUCCAACUUCUGUCUUAACCUUCUCGCCACGCGCUGCGCCUUGACACCCCCGCCGCCCCACUAAGAGAAUCGACUCGGGUUUCGUCUUUCGGGGCCUCAUGCGAGGAUGCGGAGCGGCGGCGGGACGGCUGGGGCCACGCUGGCUGUCCUCCGCCUCCUCCGGCCCGACGGCGGCGGUCGGGCGUCCGCGGGACGAAAAACCGCGACCCCGUGGCCGCCGCCGCGGGGCCCGCGCAGGAGCCUGUGCUCGUCCGGGCCCCCCUGGAGGCUCCUGUUCUUCGGCUCGGAUCACUUUGCCGUGGAGUCUCUCAAGGUCCUCGCUGCAGACAGGAAGCGCGCGGGCGGCGCCGUGUCGUCGCUGGAGGUGGCGACGCUGAGCGCCGACGUUCCGGUGGCGGACUUUGCCCGGCGCGAGCGUCUGCCGCUGCACCGGUGGCCGCCGCGAGACGUGGAGGGACGCUUUGACGUGGGCGUGGUCGUGUCCUUCGGUUGUUUGCUGCGCCAAAGACUCAUCGCCAAGUUUCCCUGCGGGAUCCUGAACGUGCACCCCAGCCUUCUCCCUCGCUGGCGCGGUCCGGCGCCCAUCUUCCACACCGUCCUCAACGGAGACGCCGUGACGGGCGUGAGCGUCAUGCAGAUACGAGCUGACGGGUUCGACGCGGGUCCCAUCCUGAGCCAGGCCGUCCACGCGGUGCCCGAGAGCAGCACGACAGAUGAGCUGGCUGACGUCCUCGCCGCCGAAGGGGCUCGGCUGCAGCUCCUGGACACUCUACGGAAGUUGCCCCGCAAGAUGGCCGAAAAGCGGGAGCAGAGCCCGUCCGGCGUCACUUUCGCCCCGAAGAUCAGCGCCGCCAUGAGUUGGAUCGUGUGGGAGGAGCACACGUGCCAACACAUCGACCGCCUCCACCGAGCCAUCGGAUCGCGGUUUCCUCUGAGGACCACGUGGAUGGGCGGCACCAUCAAGCUGGUGGACUUUGCCGGGAGGUGUCGCAUCGCCUUGGCAGGCCAGUCUCGCCGCCGUCUUUUGCGCCCGCUGCUCCAGCCUCGGCCCUCGGCGGGACAUUCGAGUUGUGCUUUUCGUUGGCUUUUUCCAGACGCGGGCGCGGAGCCGACGCCCGGAUCGGUCAGCUUUCACAAGGAGUCCGACACGCUGGCCGUCCGCUGCAAGGACGGCUGGGUGGGCUUCAAGGCGGUGAUCCUGAAGAAGCGCCUGACGGCGGCCGACUUUUACAACGGUUACUUGCACCGGGUACUGAGGCCGCGCGGCGCCACCGCCGCCGCCGCGUUCGUCAGUCCGCCGGGGGGCGGGAAGGCGUCGGCUGGCGAGCCGCAAAAGACGACGGCCGAGCAACGUCGGCGACGCAGGUGACUGAAAGAGGUGCGAGAAAGCGAGCUGGCCGAUGCGUCUUUGGCAACGCGCCAAUCGGAGCGCGUGAGGAAUGGAGGAGCGGGCGAGGCCUGACGUUCUCCGCCCGUUUGGACGAGCGCGCCGCCCGGCGGAGUCGAACCGAGCCCGGGUUCACCGGAGCCGAAGCUCACCCUUUUCCGGGCGUCGUUUCGCGCAAGACGACAUUUUGGAAGGCUUCUCACAGUGAAUGUUUUGAUUUUGAUUUUUUUUUAUUUGUGGUCGUGUCAAUAUGCGUUACACCCGAUAAACACAAAUGAAAGUUAAUUUGAUUAGUGGAUUAAAAAUAACACAAGUU